AUGUCAGACGUUCCGCUGCCGCCUUCCUCUCCCCCGUCUAUUACCCCAGCGCCGCACGACGACGACGACGACGAGCAGCAGCAGCAGCAGCAGCAGCAGCAGGAUUACGACUCGAGCAGCCUGCUGCCGCCUCUGCCUUCUCACGAUGGCGACGAUGAUGACCUGAACGAGGACAGUGUCCAGCGCUAUGCGGACGAUUACGACCGUGACGACUCGAAUCUGCCUCCUGAUGACCACGACACCAGCCUGAACCGCACGCUGAAUGAGGAACGCGAGAUGCACAGGAAAUUGAUGGAUAUAGAGUCCAGCUUUCUCCCGGAGCCCUCGACGCUGCAUGUCGGGGGAAGUGCUGCGGCUGGGAGAGACGAUAUGUACCUGGCUGGAGCGGAUGCACCCAGUACACCGCAGAAGACGGGAGAUAUUGAAGGCGAGGACUCGUUGAUAUCUCCAGAGCUACCAAGGGAUAUGUUCAAGACACCUGCGCCAGCCCGGACGAUGGAUCCGGAGUCUUCAAUGGUUGAACCGGGAAACCAGACGCUGGAAGGGGACAGUUUGGUUGGAAUCAAUACUUCUUCCUUGGAGACAACAUCUACUCCCCCAACCACUGCCGCUGCGGCCAGAACUGUCUCACGAGUUAUAUCGGCCGCAAGCAGCCGGUCUGGAAGGUUCGGAGACUCUGUUGGUGAAGAACAGCAAGCACAUGGCCACGGGCACAGCUUUGAGGAUGAGGGAUCACACACGGAGAGAGAAGUUGAUAUCGAGGCUACUCCUCGCAAACCUCGCACGCAGAUUGUCGGCCAGUCUCCGGCUCUCUCUCGGUCAAUACAGAGCGUCAACACGGAUGACAACGAUCUCAGUCAGACAGUUGGUUUCCGGGGAGCUGCAGAUUCGAUCGAGCUACAAAGGACGAGACCCAAGUUUCUAACUAACCGCCAGUCCUCAUACCGCUUGUCCACGUCUUCGGUUGCUACAGCUAAUACAGACGGUGCCCUCAGCGAUGCCACAAUGGGAAUGGACUACGCUUUACAAUCUGGCGGUGCACUUCCGUCAAAUGGUGGAAGAGCGUCACACAGCCAUGAACAAAAAAGGGACCUGUCAAGGUCCAUCAGUCUUGGGAGCAUGGCAUCCGGCAUUUCAAAUCUGAGCGAUGACCAUCCUUAUGAAAGAAGGAUUUUUAGUGGAGUGUCUGAACUGAGUCUUCAUACCCUGAAUGAAGAGGAAUCUGCCUCCCAACGGCCAGUAUCUCCGGGAACUACCGUCAAACAUGGUGGUGAAACUGCUCCCAUGACGCCAAAGGCGAAAACUACGGAUCCAUCCUCCCCUCCUGCAACUGUCUUGACGCAGAUACACAACCGGCAACCUCCUAGCACUGUGAAAAAAUAUCAAGAAACUGCAGCGCCGUCUCCUGAUAAACGGUCUGUAAGCCGGACACCAGGCUUUGGUCGAGGAAAGAAUAUGACGUUGAAAGAACAGAGUAGCACUAUUGAUCGACUCUCAAAGGAGAAUUUUGAUCUUAAGAUGCGUAUCCAUUUCCUCAACCAGGCGUUGAAUAAACGGUCAGAAGAUGGCAUCAAAGAGAUGAUUUCUGAGAACGUUGAGCUGAAAUCCGAUAAAAUCAAGGCUCAAAAGGACAACCAGGCUUUGAGAAGGACAAUUCGCGAGCUUGAAAGACAACUCAAGGAAAAAGCUGAUCUUGCCGACGAGAACAAAGAUGAACAGACAUCUGAGGCCGGGAAGAGAACUAUCGACGAUGAGAAAUUCCUAUACCUGCGUGAACGACUCGAAACAUAUGAAGUUGAGAUUGAAAGACUCAGGGCUGAGAAUAUCACCCGAGAGAGCGAGAAGAGAAAACUAGCUGAGAUGGUGAAGGCGCUCGGCGAUGGCAGAAGCGGUAUAUCAGACUCUGGGGCUCGGGAGGAACGGGUAGGUUUCAUUUUUCCUUUAUUUUUCAAUGAGGUCAUUAUAUCCGACAUGUGGAAAGAUAUACUGGAAGCCGAAACUGCAGCUCGUGAACAAAGCGAAGAAGAGAAUAAGCGUCUUCGCAACCAGAUUCUUCAACUGGAGAAUGACAUAUCUUCCCAUCAGUGCCGAGAGACUCGUUACCGCAAAGGACACCAAACCUUCUCUCAAGUCGGUUCUGACUACGAAAGUUCUCGUAGCUAUGCAACCUCUAACCCAACUAGGGAGGACUUUGAGCUGCUGAGGCAGGAAAACAAUGCACUUCGUCGAGAAGUGACUGCUCAGACCUCGAUGCUAACGUCUAGAAAUCGUGAGAAGGAAAAACUCUACCAGGAAAUUGAGGAUUUGAAGCUUGAUCGACGCAAUGAAGGUCGCUCCAUCGCUGGCGAUAGCAUCUUCGACCGUUCUGCUUCAAGAGCACAAUCAAGAGCCAUGUCACAGGCGAGUGACAACGAUCGUGACACACUGGAAAAUAGGAACGGCGAACUGCGGGACCAAGUGUCAGCUUUGAAAUUGGACAAUCAGGGCCUCCGUAGUCAAUUGGACGAAUACGCAAACGAGCUAAGCUCCGUGGAACGUGAAUAUCAGACAGAACUAGACCGCGUAAGCCAGGAGUUACGAGACCUUCAAGCCCAGCGUGACCAGGCCCUUCAGGCCAUUGAAGAGCGUGAGGCAGAAUUGCAAGAACUCAAGGCAGCUGCACAAGAGGAGCUCGAUAUCUUGGGAGAAGAGCUUGACCUUAAGCAUGAAGACUGCCAGCGUUUGGAGGUCGAGGUCCGAAACCAGCAGGAGAAUUUGGACGCUCUUCAGGCAGAGGUCAGAUCCGCUAAUGAGGGUAUUUCCCGGCUUGAAGAAGAUGCACAGAGUAAUCUACUCAAGUACAAGGCCGUACAGCAAGAGCUGGAUUACGUUAACCAAGAGAUCGACUCCAUGGAAAGGAACCUGGUCGAAGCCAAUAACAAGGUCCAGCGAUUGACCGUUCAACAGGAAUCCAGUCAGAACGAAAUUGCCUUUUUGCGAGAAGAGCAAGACGGUGAUAAGAUCAAAAUUGGCGACUUGGAGUCUGAGCUGAGAUUCAUCCAAACCAGCCUACAGAGCGAGAAGGAGAAAACAAGCGAGCUUGACAGACAACUUGCUGACGAGCGAUACCAACAUGAGAUGGUAAGCAGCAAAGAAAAGCAAGAAGUGCAGCGCAUCAUAGAUGAUCUCAAUCGUGAGUCCACGGCAUCGAAGGAAGAAAUCCGUAAACUGAAGAAGAACUUAUCUUCUCGUGAAGUUGAAGCCACAAUGUGGAAAGAUCGCUUGAUGGAGCUUGAGAACAGCCUACGUGAAGCCCUUGGUGACCUUAAUGGCACCCGUUCAAGUCUUCUCACAUCUAUUACAAAACUGCAGAAAGAACUUGAGUCUACUUCUCUCGAGCUGGAAAGUGUCCGCGCCAGUCUAGACGAAAAAGAGGCCCUCCUUCGAAAUCGUGAUGCACUCCUUGAGAGCCAUGGGCUUGAGACCCAAAAACUGGCUGACCUCCUAGAGCGUGAAAGACAGGCCCGUCGUGCCGAUAAGCAUUCAUUUGAACAGUCCCUCAAGUCUCAUCACCAGGCUUCUCGAACUAUCGUUCAGAACAAUUCUCGAAUCACGGACUUGGAGGGUGCACGGAAUCAAGACCGGAAACGAUUUAAUCACCUUGAACAGCAGUACAAGGACCAGUUGAAUGAGCGGAAUGUAAUGUUCCUUACCUUGUGGAAACGAUUAUCUGCAAUGUGUGGCCCUGACUGGUCACAUUCGAACAGCCUUAUCAACGGCAAUCUCCCUAGUCAGGAGGUCAUUGGAAACAUGCUGUUCUGGCCUGGGUUCAGCAAGAAUUUGCUUCUGGCAGUGAAGACGGUGGAAAACUCGAUAAAUGGAUUCAAGUCCCGUGUUAGAACCGUAGAGCGGAACCUGAUGAAAGAAUACCAGACCCUGGAAAACAACAUGAAUGCCCGAAUUAAGAAACUAGAUCGUUUGGAAGAAAUUGUUCGGCAGAUGCAGAGCAACCCUAGACGGUCCAACAACACUCCUCCGAAUACAAACGCCGAAUUAGCAAAACUCAAGGGAGAGAAUAGGCUACUCAAAGCCGAGCUCAACCUUCUACAAUCUCAUUCCCGAGCUAAGGUUGCCAAUGAUAGUUCUGCGCGAGGGCAGCCAUCAAGAAUGGCAAGCUCAAGAUCAGUCGGCUCAUCCCUUGCGAGAUUCAGUACAGGGUCAGAACAAGGGACCCCAACCAACACACGAUCCGGAAGAAGCAACAGUUCGGUGUCUCGCGGCUCUUCAAAUGUUGCUCAGCCAUCUCCCUUUUCUUCAAGCACCACACUUGCAAAUAACCAAGGCGGCUCAGAAGUUUCCGCUCACCACCACGGAUCCGGCCCUAGUCAUGGAGGAUAUCAUCUAUCUCCCAAGAGCGAGGCCAAUCAGGAUAGGUGGAUACAACGUCUGCGAGAUCUAGAACGACGGCUGAAAGCGGAGCGAGAAGCACGACUGUUGGACCGCUCUGGGGCCCGGGAGAGAUUAGCAGAACGUAAUGCGGAGAAUGAGAAACUCCGUGCGGCUCUAGAGAGGGAGCGAAUGAAUCGAGUUGCCAGUUCUUUUGGGACUGACGCUGGAGGUGACGAAGCCGAUCGAAACCCACGCACACCGGAGAGAGCCCGACGCCAUGACAACAACAGUCGAGAUAGGGGCAGUCGAAACAAGGGGAGGGCCGACAGCAGGUCAAGUGGAACAGACGUUGUAGUAAUUGACCAUGGAUAUGAGCCUGAUUCUCGUGGGCACAGCGAAGGUCGAAGCACCCGCUCAGGAAGUUAUGACGGUGAAGGCGAUGACGAUGACGAUGGUACGGGUACUGACGAUGACGGUGGUUUAUGCGUUGAGGUCGUGGUGUAA